CCCGCGAACGCGCAUCAAAUUAGCAUCGAUGAAGUUUGUGCGAACAUGGCGGAUUUCCUGCCGACCAGGUCCGUAUUAAAAGUUUGUCUACCUGUCUGCCUGCUCAACAGCGGCGAGGUGGAACAGCUACGAAAGUCCAGGGAGAUCGACAGAUGUCUCUCCCGGGAGAAACCGUACGUGAAACGGCUGGUGAAGAUCCUGCUGCUAGGCGCUGGCGAGAGCGGCAAGUCGACUUUCCUCAAACAAAUGCGGAUCAUCCACGGCCAGGACUUCGACCAGCAAGCCCGAGAGGAGUUUAGAGGCACUAUCUACAGCAACGUUAUCAAAGGUGUACGCGUGUUGGUGGACGCGCGGGAGAAGCUGCACAUCCCGUGGGGCGACCCGCACAACCAGCAAUAUGGGGACAGCCUGAUGGCGUUCGACACCCGGUCGGCUAUGAUGGUCAACGGGCAGCUGGAGACGUCCAUCUUCUUACAGUACCUGCCUGCCAUCAAAGCUCUGUGGGCGGACUCGGGUAUACAGAACGCCUACGAUCGUCGCAGGGAGUUUCAGCUGGGUGAGUCAGUGAAGUAUUUCUUGGAUAAUCUGGAUAAGCUUGGCGAGCUGAGUUAUCUUCCCAGUCAGCAGGACAUCCUACUUGCCCGUAAACCCACCAAAGGCAUCCAUGAGUACAACUUUGAAAUCAAGAAUGUUCCCUUCAAGAUGGUGGACGUGGGAGGGCAGCGGUCAGAGCGAAGACGCUGGUUCGAGUGUUUCGACUCUGUCACCUCCAUCCUCUUCCUGGUCUCCUCCUCUGAAUAUGAUCAGGUGCUGAUGGAGGACAGGCAAACCAAUCGACUGCGUGAGUCGCUCAACAUCUUCGAGACCAUCGUCAACAACCGCGUCUUCAUCAACGUUUCGAUCAUCCUCUUCCUCAACAAGACAGACCUACUGGAGGAGAAGGUGAAGAGCGUUCCGCUCAAGGACUACUUUCCUGACUACACCGGGCCGGAGCACAGCCUGCCGGACGUCCAGGCGUUCAUGGUGGAGUGCUUCCGGGCCAAGAGACGCGACGCCACCCAGAAGCCCCUAUACCACCACUUCACCACAGCCAUCAACACGGAGAACAUCCGGCUGGUGUUCCGGGACGUCAAGGACACCAUCCUCCAUGACAACCUCAAACAACUCAUGCUUCAAUGACCCCUGUCAACCUGUGAAAGUAGAGGACCUGAAUGGGGACAAACCUCCCCCUCGCUCCUGAAUGGGACGUGGGAGAGACCAGCCUCAGAAGAAUCCGGUAGACGUCAGCAUUCUUCAGACAUCAGCCGUUUUUAUAUUAGUUUUUACACUCCUCUUUUGACGAGUUGGCCUUCUUAGUAGUUCAGGGUUCGGUAGGGGAAAGAGUCAAUGUGGCAGACUGAGAGUCUGAGGUUAAAAAUAUAUAUAUAAAUCAAAAAAAGACAAGCAGGCGGUUUGGAUGUUGGAUGAUAUCUGAUCUCUGCUGCUUCGUUUUGAGACUUUGUCCUCUGGCUUGAGCUCUGCCUUACAGCACAAGACUCGCUGGGGCUUUUCAACUCACAAGGUGCCGGUGCUGGCGCCAGUGCCAGUGCCUGGCUGUGGAAAGCAGCAAAACACUCUGCAAACCGGGCAUAUGGUUUUCUAAACAGAUAUACGACUUUCCAAGCAACAAACACAGGAAAUAACCACGGUGAAAUUAAGUACUUUGUUGAAACAGCAUGUAAGCAAAUAACAAGAGUUAGACGGUCAAAACGUACCAAGAUUAUCUGUGCCAGAGUUGAUUUGCCAGUCUUUGUCCGAGCACUGAUUUCUUCUACUCCAAAAUCACUCCAUUAAUUCAGUUGCACUCUCCAGUGCUGCUUCGUGAACACUGUUUCUAAGCUCCUGUAGUCUGUAGAGUGGUGCUGAUGAUCUGGAGACUGCACAAUUGUCCUUUUUUUUUUUUAUGUCUUGUUUUGUUUUCUCAUAUGGCAGCACCAUUCCGCUCUCUUCCCGUCCCAGUUAUCUGUUUUUUUUUUUUUUACUGGUGCGGCAUCAGCAGGUUAAAAGUGCCGGCACAGAGCCGGUUUUGUUGGGACAAGGACCAGUCGUCGAUGGUGAAAGUGCUCAGAACGGUUCAGGAUCUGAUGUGGAGUCUGGCUCCAGCACUGGCACCUUGUCUGUGGAAAACUGCUAGAAAAGUGUAAGACUGAACCUACAAUGCCUUUCCACAUGAUGUCUUAUAGACAAAUCACUGUUUGAAUCCUGCAUUUGUGCCUGUGUCUCUACGGAAAUAAAACUAGUUGCCUUAGCUUCCUUAAACAGAUCAUUGAGAUGAAAGUUGUCCUUUUACGUUUGAUUGUUUAGAGGGUGAAAUUACCUUCCACUGGCACGUUAGGCAGGUGUGCCAGAAAGUGAACAUGCAGUCCACUGUUUUCUCAGGGUUGAAUCAAAACCGGCGUUGAUGCUCAUGUCACUGCUGGUGAAUUAACUGAAUAAUCUAACCUUCAUGUUGGUGGCAGAGCAGUGAGACUCAGCCCACGUCCCCCCCCCCCCGCCCCUCCUCUGUCUCUCUUUGUUUUCAUCUCUGAUUAGAUGCCUUGUAAAGGGACAGACCUCUCCCCUGUUUGCCUGAAUGAUGAAUGUCUGUUAAUAGAUGUACAGAGAUUUGCUCUAGAUCGUAUGAAUAUACUGUAACCAACAUUGCUAUGGUAAGAUGUAACCAGUCGUGAGAAUUUCUGUGUUGGCACUGAGUUCUGACUCCAGGCAUCUUUUUUCUUUUUUUUUUUUUUAACACGUGCAAUCUCUUGCUGUUUAGGACUUCCCUUUUAAAAAUAGAUUUUGAACUUGUAGGAAAAAAAAUGCAGCCCAAAAAAAAAAGCUACUGGAGUUGAAUACUUUUGUCAGCGACUGCAUUCUGUAGGGGGCCAAUCUUUA